ACUGGAAGUAACCCAUCCACCACGUCAGCGAAUAGUUAACUCUCCGCAGCCGAUCUUUCAAAAUCCGAGUGGGAGUGAUAGACCAGAGAGAGAGAGAGAGAUGGGGCAGCAUGAUCAGACGGUGAGGAACGCAGAGAAGCUGGUGGAGAGGGCCAUGAAAGGGAACGAUGCAUCACACGACGCUGCACACGCUUUCAGAGUUAGAGAUCUCGCUCUCUCCUUAGCUCACGAGGAAGGUCUUCCUUCUCCUCAUUCCAUGUUCGUUGUAGAGCUUGCAGCACUUCUGCAUGACAUAGGAGACCACAAAUAUGUGAGGGAGCAUUCUGAGGAGGCAAUGAUGGUUGAGAGGUUUCUUGAGGAGGAGGGGUUAGAGGAGAGCUUAAAACAGAAGAUACUGGGGAUUAUAAAGGGAAUGGGUUUCAAAGAUGAACUUGCACGUACUGAAUUUGGCAAAUUUCCCCUAGAGUUUGGGGUUGUUCAAGAUGCUGACCGACUUGAUGCAAUUGGGGCUAUUGGAAUUGCUCGAUGCUUUACAUUUGGUGGAAGUAGGAACCAAGCAUUGCAUGAUCCUCAGAUUCACCCCCGAUUGAAUUUAUCGAAGGAACAAUAUAUGAAGAAAGAUGAGAAGCAGACCACUGUGAAUCAUUUCCAUGAGAAGCUACUGAAGCUGAAGGAUAUGAUGAAAACACAGGCUGGUAAAAGAAGGGCUGAGAAAAGGCACAAUUUCAUGCAGGAUUUCUUAACAGAAUUCUAUGAAGAAUGGGAGGGAAGAGCGUAAAUUGGGUAAAAUUCCUUUCCGCAUAAGAACAUCUCUGAUGUUUCCAUUACUUUUCUGUGAUGAAACAUAGAAGGAAUUGCAUUCCUACAUGGGUUUGUUAUAUUCGAAACUAAAGAGAGAACAGUAAUGGGUACCUGACAGGAUAUGUACCUGAUGUACUUUAUCUACCAAAUAAAUAUCUGGUAAUUACUAUAGCAAGUGUUGUUGAAACCCUGUAAAUACAAUUAAAAUCUGACUAUGUGAUUCUAGUUGGAUCGAAACUUGUUCACGUUUCAGCUUGAA